AACUUUCACUAUAAGUUUAUGAUUUAUACAUAUAUAAAUCUAUUAUAACAAACAAUAUCAAUUAAUGAAAUCAAGGUUUUUCCCCAAGAAACAUACAUAAUUUAAAAAAUAUUAAUAUUAAGCUAACUAAAAUGAUGUAAGUGUCACGCAUGUCAAGUCCACGCCUCCAAGCACCACCUGCCUAGCUCCGAGCUGCAGAGCGUGGUGUGACCCUAGCCAUUUGCUAGAUGGGGCCUCGACCUCCUGGGACCUUUUCCCACAACCCCAUUAGGAAAAAAAUAUUUGGUGGUAGCGGUUGAUUACUUCACCAAGUGGAUAGAGGUUGAACCGCUAGAAACGAUUAGAGCGCCCGAGUGCAAAAGUUUCGUGUUCAACAUCAUGAUCCGCUUUGGUAUCCCACAGUCAAUCAUCAUCGACCACGACACACAAUUCAAUUGUAGGCCGUUCGAAAAUUUCUGUGCCAGAAACCGCAUUACGUGCACAAUGGCCUCCGUGGCGUACCCACAGACGAACGGUCAUGCCGAGGCAUCCAACAAGCUGAUUCUCCAAGGACUGAACAAGCGCUUGAGAGACGCCAAAGGGGCAUGGACCAGCGAACUCCGGCAUGUCCUGUGGGGGCAUCGCACGACCUAUAAAACCGCUACGGGUGAAACCCCAUUUUCCCUGACAUACGGUUCCGAUGCGGUCACACCCGAAGAGCUGAACCUGCCAUCCCUUCGCGUCCAAGCGUAUGAUUCGGAGGUCAAUCACAGGAAACUGUUGGAACAGCUGGACAUGAUAGAAUCCAGACGGGAUGCGGCGUUAGAACGCAUCCUAAGCGAAAAAGUGAUGGUCGCCGCUUCCUACAACAAGAGGGUAAAACCGCGGCCCCUCGAAGAAGGAGAUAUGGUGCUCAAGCGGGAUUUCCAGGAAAAAAAAUGAGCAUGGAAAACUCGCCGCCACAUGGGAAGGCCCAUUCCUCAUCGGAGAAAAAACAAGUCCCAAGACC